GAAACGAGGGUCCUGUAAUCCGCUCCUGCGUUGCAGCGAUGGAACGUGCUCGCCCGAGUGGCCGGAGGGGACCCUCCGGCUUCAGAGGUGUCCGUGGUCACCCGGCGCUUGGCUGCAGCUGUGUCCGAUGGGGGACCGUAGGGCAGCUGCGACUUAAACAUCAGGAGUGAUCCGUGUGGAAACCAUGGUGCUGCGCUGUGAUGCAAGUAUGGACAUAAUAGCCUAUGAUGAUUACUCCACUCCACCGCUUCAGAGAUAUUGAAAGGAAACCUGAAUACCUCCAGCCGGAAAAGUGUGUUCCACCUCCUAGCCGCGCUUCCCUGGGAACAAUGUGGUUUAUUCGAGAUGGCUGUGGUAUUGCAUGUGCUGUCGUUACCUGGAUGCUGGUGUUCUAUGCCGACUUUGUAGUCCUUCUUGUCAUGCUAGUUCCAUCGAGAGAUUAUGUUUAUAGUGUCAUCAAUGGCACACUGUUCAACACCUUGGCUUUCCUCGCUUUGGCUUCACAUUUUCGUGCUAUGCUGACAGAUCCAGGUGCUGUACCCAAAGGUAACGCCACAAAAGAGUUCAUCGAGAGUUUACAGCUAAAGCCAGGACAGGUGGUUUACAAGUGCCCAAAGUGUUGUAGCAUCAAACCUGACAGAGCACAUCACUGCAGUGUUUGCAAGAGGUGUAUUCGGAAAAUGGACCAUCACUGCCCGUGGGUCAAUAACUGUGUAGGAGAGAAUAACCAGAAGUACUUUGUACUGUUUACAAUGUAUAUAGCACUGAUUUCCCUGCAUGCUCUAAUCAUGGUGGGAUUUCACUUCUUGUAUUGCUUUGAAGAAGACUGGACAAAAUGCAGUUCCUUCUCUCCGCCAACUACGGUGAUUCUUCUCAUCCUCUUGUGUUUCGAGGCGCUCCUAUUUCUCAUCUUCACCUCUGUUAUGUUUGGGACCCAAGUACACUCCAUCUGCACUGAUGAAACGGGUAUCGAGCGUCUUAAAAAUCAGAAGCCAACCUGGGAGAAGACCAGCGGCUGGGAAGGAAUGAAGCUGGCAUUCGGCGGCGCUUUCUCCUUGGCUUGGUUCAAUCCCUUUUCCAACCUGAACUGCGAGAGCCCAGGGCCGGCCGAAGCGGUGGCGGCGGCUCCUGCCUCUGCAAUAAUGACCCAAGAAGAAAUCGAGCAGUUUCUCGCUCGAGAUGUUGCCGUCCAAGUGCUACACGAAUAAGCAAAGCAGCCUCCAAGAUGUCAAGAGCAGCUUUCAGGUGGUUUGUUGGUUUUGUUUUGUUUUUUUUUUUAUAAUCACUACUUGUGCUGGGGAUUUAAGGGAUUGCUUUUUUUAACAUACUUUUGGUGCAUUAAAAAAAUUCAGGAGUGUUUAUCCGGAAGCCAGGUACAGCACUAGCAGAAGCAAUGCAAAUCUCCAGAGAAAGCUUUAUAAGCGAUGAGACUCAUAAACUCCUCUUCGGACCUGCGACAACUGCUUUAUUGAGCUUUUCUUACUCGGCCUUUAAGGAAAGUUUAUAAUUGUCCGAUAGAUUGGUCCCAGCUCCCAGAAACGCGCAGUUGUAAGGAGUCUGGUUAAUCUUUUGUUCUUACCGCCUUUUGGAGGGCUAAAUGAUAAGCCCGUGUAAUGGCCAGAUUAGCCCAGCUCUAAAGGUUUUGUUGAAAAAGUGUCUUUUUUAGCUCAUCCCAUGGAUGCUGCCUGUGGAUUAUGAAAACUGCUGGUGCUCAGGUCUUAGCGGAGAUGGGCUACCAGGCUACGGACACAGCAGAUGGGCCAGCUUGCCCUGGGUGUGAUUCCUUUGGGCUCCAAAACAUCUCCAGGGGGAAAUUUUAACCCUCUGUGCUUGUGAGGCCGUCCAAGUUCGGCGGUGCUUGGCUGAGUGGCGCCGGAGCUGGAGUGCUGGUGGUGAUGCCGGGCCGGCGAGAGCAUUCUGUGGCCACGAGCAGGCAAGUAUCGGCCAGGUUGUUGAGCUGCUGGUGGGGAGAAGCUUUCACCCCAGGGUUCGUUAGCAGGUAGGACGUGUGGGGCGGGAGCCGCCUGGCUGAACUCUGCAGCCCAGAAAGGAGGCAGCUGGUCUGGGCCAGGCACCGGGGAUGUUUCUACGGCCAAAGGAGGUGCGAGCACCCUGCUGAUGGAGCUACUGGCUCUCUCCUUUUGACUUGCCUGAUUUAGAUGUCUGCCUGUCUGUUGGUUUUUUUUGGUUUCUCCUCCAUAGCUAGAAUUAGUUGAGAAUGAAUGUCGCUGCCGGUACUCACUGUUAUGCAGGGUUUCCUUACGCUAAUUCUGCAGCCGGCUCCUGGUGGACGUUGGCGAGGGCGUAGAAGGGACCUGCAUCGCUCAAGGAAGGUGUCACUGCAGGUGGCAGUCGCUAGCAGCAAAGUCACUCAGAGGUGACGCCAGCUGCGCAUUCAAAUACGCUGCCAACACUGGGCGUGCUCCAGGUGACAGUGGAGUUUUAAUUUAGACCGUUUUUCAAUUGUUUGGGUUUUUUGCUUUUUUUUUUCCUUCUUGUCGUCUCCCUUAGCUUAAUUGUCAGGAAAUUUUGCAGGUUGUUAGAGACGUGCUCCUGUUUUUCCCUCACCAGACAUGCUUGACUUCAUCCCCACCUCCCCUCUAACGUGGACCAAAGAUAAUGGCUUCCUCUCGGAAGGAAGAGAAAGGAGUUUUGGGGGAUGAAACCACGGUAUUGUGAAAGACCUAGAUGAAGUUUUUAUUAUUUAUUGAAGCAAUACCAAAUAGCAUUUGUGCAAGAUUUUUGCUUUUUUUCCCCCCCAAAAAAAGCAUCUUAAUAUGUAUUAAGGGUGUGACAUUCAGGGCUACUGUGGAGGGAUGAGAUUCUUUCCCGAAUUUGUCCUCUGCCACAGCAGUCCCUUUUUCUGGCAAGGGGACUGGGAACAAAGCGAGUGCUGUGACUAUUCAGAGCACAGAUUGGCUAAAACCCAGGGGAUAUUUCCAAACAGUCGUCCCAUCUCCUAUCCCCUCUGGAUGUCUCCACUUUGCCAGUGAAAAACAGGUUUAGGAAAAAAUCAUUAGGAACUGGGUAUUUAGAAAAACCUUUCAGGUAAAGGGAGACACCCAGCAUUUGGGGGGGAUUGAGGUGUCCGCUCAUGUCAUUUAGACACGAGGUCUUGAAUGUCUUUGCCCCGUGUAGCAGUGGGAUGCUGAGGGAAGAAGCUCUCCUGCUUCUGCACCGGCCUACGUUCUUCUCUGUCAGCGUCCCACGGGAAAGGGACAUCAGGGACAUAGGCAGAUGUAUGAGGGAUGUCCUAUAGGGAGCAGUAGGGAUGUUGAAGGAGGAAAAAAGCACCCUUUUUAGCUCACGUUUUCUCAUUUUGGCUUGCUGCUCGGCCUCUGCGUCCAGUUCAUGUCCCCACCUCCAGUGCUGUGGCUGCAGAGCGGGAAUGGUGGUGCGGGGUCUCGGGGGGAGAAACGAGUUAACGGUUGAAAAUCACCUUGAGGUGAGCGCGCGGGGAUGUCAGCUCCGGAGAGACCCCUCCCACUGCGUUUCAGUGAUGCUUCUCGGGACGUGGACCCCGCUUAAUGUGGCUUUGAUUAGGUGCAGACGGGGGCAGCGUAUUUCCUCCUCUGCUCUCAAACCUGGUUCGCCUCAUCACGAGGACAGGCGUCCUUUGCUACUGUUUCCAACCUCUCGUGUUGUUCCUCAGGUGCUGGCGUCUCUAGGCUUUAUUUUUUUAAUAGCUGAAACGGAAAAGCAGUGUGAAGAGCGGGGGUGACAGCCGGAACAGCCCUUUCCCCUCCUCCUACAGUGCAGUUACGGUCCAAGUGAGAGACGGGAACCUGUGCCCUACGUGGAGCCAUGGGCAGCCAGGACCUGGCGGGGUGACAUCCUGUGUCCAGUGAACUGGUUCUGCUGGUGUCUCUUAGCUGUUGGUCUCCCUCAUCCCGCUCUUCCUCCUCCUCCAGGGAUUCCCAGCACCCCUCAGGGUCUCGUCUCUCUCUCAGUGUAUAGCGUGGCAACCGCCAGAAAUCGCAAAAGUCUUCAUGAGUUGGAAAAAUCUCUUCUAUCCACAUGUCUCGCAUAAACCUCCUCCUUUAAUGACUACCUGUUAGCUUGGGACCAAAUGGGAUUUUCAUAAAAUUGAAACCAAACCCACUGUUUUCCUUCCCUUCCCUCCACGCGCUCCUUGUGAAAUUGUGCCUUCGCCUUCAGGCCACGCUGCUGUGCUCCUGGCCGCCUCGCCGGGCGCCAGGGAGGGCGCUCCUCCAGGGCGCUCGGCGUGCUGACAUCGCUUGAGAUCCCAUCGCGUCUCCGGCACGAGGUGUUAAUAUGCGAUGGACAGCCUCGUGGCAGACGUGAAAAGCAUUCUUGUACUACUUCUCCGGCGUCUUCCACAGCAGGUUUUCUAUGCAAGUAAAUAACUUACAUCUCUUGAAAAAAUAUAUAUUUUGCUGUUUGUAACUCCUUUUUAUGCCUCUGGUCGCUAUUGUACUUAAUAAAGAACUAAUUUUUCCAUCCACCAAGGACUGCCGGCUCCUGCCUUCCCUGCGGUCGCCGCACACGGACCCUGUGCCCGCUCUGCCUGCGGAGAGGGGCUCCCACUUCUGGCCCUGCCAACGCCAGAGGUGGCCUUCUGGGGACCCAGCGCAGGGCAUCAGGGAUGCCGUGGGCAGAGAGGCGGUGGGAGCCCAGGACAGUGGCCCAACAGCCACCUGGGCACUUCUCUGGGUGUUCCCCAAAUGUUUGAAAUGCAAGUGAGUGGUCAAAAGCUCUUU